AUGGGCAACUUAACUCCGGCCCAACUACCCCAAUGGACCAUCAUAAAGAAGCCCGAAUUUCCACCCCGCCAUAUCGGCCGUCGGAUCAAUCUAGAGGGUUACGUGGCAACCCAUAAUUUCCCAUCUGCAUUAAUUGGCAUUGCUCUCGGUUUGGCUUUAUAUCCUCCUCCGUCGUCCAAGCGAACGCUGUGUAGUUCUAGUCAAUUGGCAUCAGGCAUCAGGUCGAGGUCGAGGAUGAGGAGGGGAGCGGGGCGAAACGCAGUCGUUUUGUGGUUGUUGUUGGCGGUGGCGGUGGCGGCGGCGGAGGACGAGGGGAAUCUGAAAGAAGAGUGCAGCAACGAUUUCCAGAAGGUGGUGAGCUGCUUCGAUUUCGCGACGGGGAAGGCGGUGGCGCCGACAAAGGAAUGCUGCGAUUCUGUUAAGGUUAUAAAAGACAGCAAGCCAGAAUGUUUGUGUUUUUUCAUACAGCAGACUCAUAACGGGAACCAGCAGAUUAAGAGCCUUGGCAUCCAAGAGACCAAGCUUCUUCAGCUCCCUUCUGUCUGCAGCUUGAAGAACUCUAGCGUCAGCUACUGCCCCAAACUUCUGGGCAUACCAGCAAAUUCAACCGAUGCGGCUAUUUUCAGCAAUACCACGUCACCAGCUACACCGGCGGCGACGACGACGAGCCCCAGCGGAAAAUCGGGAACUGAGACCGUGGCGAAGCCUCCCGCCGGUCUGAUGGCAAUGGCCAUCGCCGUCGUGUUUUUCACAGCGUUCCCCGCUGCUAUUACUCCUUCUGCCGCCGGCGCGUGAGGAUCGAUUGGAAUGAAACAAUUUGUCCCGACGGCCGGCGUUGGCGGGCUGGAGGCUUUCCCGUUGGCCGCCUCUCCGAUCUGUGGUUUUUGGUUUAAUAUGAUUUCGGACAAACCGGAAGUUCGACUCUGCUUUUUACUUCCUUUGUCUCGUUUUGUUUUGUUGAUAUAUUUUAUUUUUAAUUAGGACAAAUUAUGUGUAGACUGUAGGUUUUGAAUCUCUCUUUCGUUUUGUUUUCUGUUUCAUGAACAUGUUUGUGCUUCUUUUCUGAAGAACGGAGAAGAGAAGCUCUCGAGAAAAUCUAUAUCCGUUGUGCGCUCGUAUGACGAUUUCAUCAUCCCAGUUGGGCCCUAAAUUCGUUUCAACUUUUA